CGCAUGUGUGCGUUGGUUUCCACGCGCUCGUUGCGAAGCCGUUCAAAGCUUCAUUAGAUCGAGCUGCAGACUUUGGGUUUAAUUCAUUUAUGUGCCGAAUGACAGAUACAACUGAGUAGAUGAAUUCUUUUUCUGUUAAGUAAAAUCGAAAAGUGAAACCAUGGAGAUUUAGUAAAGGCUAAAUGCCAGUAAAUAGCCCUGACAUACGUCUCUCCACAUUAGGACUAAUUCACAAACAUACAUAAGUGGAGUGACGGCGUGUGGACUCUGUGCUGCAGGUCCGGAGGAGGCGUGCAGCCAUGGGAGGCAAGGGUCGUGGAAUCGGUGCCUUCACCUUCAACGUCGAGGCUCUGGGCAUCGGCAGGGGCAGCAUGCCAGAAGCGAGGGUGGGGCCCAACGCGCUGUUUCCGAACAUCGACUUCAAGCCGGUGCCGCUGAAAGUCGGCGAGGAUGAGGACUACAUGCUGGCCUUAAAACAGGAGAUGAGGGGAACGAUGCAGCGGCUACCGCACAACAUUAAGCCUCAGUCCAAUAAAGCAGAAGUGGAGAGGUACACUGAGAGAUACCUGAAGCAAAGACUCAUGGAAGAUGAUAACUGGAGUCCAGACUGGAAUCUCCUUCCAAAAGAAUUGAAGCCUCAAAUAAAAAAAACAUGUGCUAAACCAGGCACAAAGAAGAAAAGUGUGAAGGUAUCCCGUAAAGACGCAGAGGAAAUGCUGACUAAAUUAGACAAACUGGACAAGACGGAAGAAGGAAACCCUGAAAAAUCUGAUGAUGAAACCGAAAAGAAAACCGGGAAUGAGGAUGAAGAAAUUGAAGAGGAAGCGUAUGAAGAAGAGGACGUUGAGGAAAACGACUACAUUGAAAACUAUUUUGACAACGGCGAAGAGUUCGGUGGCGGCAGUGACGACAACAUGGACACCGAAGCGACGUUCUGAAAGUAUCGACCAAGCAAACUUUGAAGUAAACAAUCAUUAUGUGAUUGGCAAUAUUGUAUAUAUGUUGCAUUGCAAAGUGUUUAGCAGAAAUAGUUUUGUUUCUUUUAUUGUGUGUAAUUAAAAGGCAGGCUUGCCUUUUAAAGACUUGUGUAAAUAAGAAAUGCCAAACUGCGCACAAUGGCGAUAAUUUAUUCAAAAUAGAUUUAUUUAUUUUACAGCCUGUGGCACAUUUCCACUGGUUAAAAGGCACAUACUGUCAACACUUGUAAUGCUUGUUCAUAAAGUAUCAAGUGAACAUGGGGAUACAAUAAAAAGGCUAUACAACUAAUUCUAAAAUCUCACAUAAUUACAAAAAUGAGUUUUGGGAAUAAUGUGCAUUUCCCAUUUUCCUCACCAUGUUUUAAAAGAGAGAAAAAGGAAUUCUCUCUCGGAAAGCUAAAGGUAAGAACAAUUCAAGCACCUUUACGGAUAUUUAGAAACAAUUCAACUGGUACCUCUCAAUACUGAUAGUGUAAUUAUCUUAAGUGUUGAAAUAAAUAAAUUCUAUAUUAAACUCAAUGGCGGCAGUCACACUUCCCCAAGACAAAGUAUUGGAAAAUAUACAAUUUCCAACAUGGCAAAAAAAAAAUGCAUUUGCACUAAAGUGAAACAGUGAAAACUGCCCAAAGCCAAAUCCAGAUAAUUAGGAUUUGCUGCCAUUGCUGAAUAAACAAAGGGUUAGAAUGUU